AUGUCGAAGAGCGGAUCCGAUGUGGAGACUGAUCUGUCCAAGGUCAAUAUGGAUCGUGGGGGCAAAUCAAAUAGGGAACGAUAUAGAGAUGUUGUAGCCAUGAUGGAGAAGCGGCUUUCGAAGAUGGAGAAUGUCGUGGUCAAGUUCGAUCAGCGACUCGAGGAGGACGUCCUUACGAAGAUGGGCUUCGAAGCUAUGAUGGAUAAGCUUGAAGGCCAAUUCCAGGGAGUCCUCAACUCCGCGCUAGACAACAUGCGGCUAGAUGUUCAAACCAAGUUGGAUCAUUUCAUGGCGGAGCUUACUGCGCUUCGUGAUGAGGUGAAGGAUGUGAAGGGAAAUUGGGCCUUGUGCAAGGAAGCUGUCUUGAACAAGACCCGAACUCAAAAGGAACCGAAGGUGUUAGAUUCUUUCAAGCCCAAAUCCUACAAUGGGAAAAGGGAGGUGAAGGAGCUAAACACAUUUCUGUGGAAUAUCAAAAGGUAUUUCAAGUAUCUGAAGCUCGAGGAUGAUGAGCCCAAGAUCAACACGGCAACGUUGUUUCGUACCGACAAUGCUCUCAUGUGGUGGCGUCGUCGAUCCAUGGAGAUCGAACAAGGUACGUUUACACUUGAGACUUGGGAUGAAUUUAAGAAGGAUAUUAUGCUGCAUUUCUAUCCAGAGAACGCCAAGUAUGAGGCAAAGGAGAAGCUGAGAUGGCUAAAGCAAACUGGGAGCGUGAAGAACUAUGUCGCCACGUUCACCAACCUGUUGUUCGAGGUGCCUAGCAUGAAGGAUGAAGACAAGCUCAUGUACUUCAUGAGUGGCCUACAAAAUUGGGCCAAGCUGGAGUUACAGAGGAGACAUGUCCAAACCUUGUCAGAGGCAAUUGCUGCAGCUAAGUCUCUUGUUGAGUUCAAGAAGAAGGAUCAAGGCGACUCUAAGUCCAAAGGAAAGAAAGAUAGCAGUGGAUCCAGUGGGGGAGACAACAAGCCAAAAGAGGGUAGCAAGUCAGGAGACAAGUCUGACAGUCACAAGUCAUCCUGGAAGAAGAAUGACAAAUGUGACAAGGGGAAAGACAAGUCGAAGCUAGCUUGCUACUUGUGCGAUGGAGUGCACAUGAUGUGGGAUUGUCCGCAAAAGAAAGCCUUGAACGCUAUGAACCAAGAGAAGGAAGAGGAGGCCGACAGGGAAGCAAGAAUGGGGGCCAUUCACCGCUUCAAUGCCCUGCAGGCCAAGGGAGCUCAACCACAGGUUCAAGCCAAAGGUGUGAUGUUCGUCGAUGCCGUGGUGAAUGGCAAGACAACCCGUUGCCUGGUAGAUACAGGUGCCUCGCACAACUUUAUGUCCGUGCAGGAAGCAAAGAGACUUGGGUAUCGAGUCUCGAAGGAAGCAGGCAGUAUGAAGACAGUGAAUUCAACUGCCAAAUCGAUUGAUGGAGUAGCUCGUGGUGUGGAGCUACACAUUGCUGCUUGGAAGGGAGUAGCUGACUUCUCCGUGAUCUUGAUGGAUGACUACGAUGUCGUGCUUGGAAUGGAGUUCAUGGAUGAGGUAAAGGCAUUUCCCAUUCCAUUUUACAAUACUAUGUGCAUUGCACAGGGUGGAACAAUGCCAUGCAUGGUGCCAGUGGUGAGGCAACAAGGCAAGUCGAAGCUCUUGUCAGCCAUGCAACUUUCCAAGUCUUGGAAGAAGGGCGAACCGAUGUUCCUUGCAACUAUGAAGAUGGAUAUAGUUGAGAAGGAAGUCCAACCCAUCCCGAAAGCUAUGAAGGCAAUCCUUAAGGAGUUUGCAGAUGUCAUGCCCAAGGAGUUGCCCAAAACCUUACCACCUAAGAGAGAGAGGUGGAUCAUGCCAUUGAGUUGGAACAGGGCCCCUUAUGGUGCUCUAGUCUUGUUCCAGAAGAAGAGAGAAGGGACACUGAGGUUGUGCAUCGACUACAGGGCGCUAAACAAGGUGACCAUCAAAAACAAGUAUCCAAUCCCUUUGAUUGCAGAUUUGUUCGAUCAGUUGGGAAGAGCUAGGUACUUCACCAAGUUGGACCUGCGCUCAGGAUACUAUCAAGUGAGGAUCGCACCGGGAGACGAACCGAAGACCGCAUGUGUGACAAGAUAUGGGUCUUAUGAGUUCCUUGUCAUGCCGUUCGGCUUGACUAACGCCCCUGCUACCUUUUGCACUCUUAUGAACAAGGUAUUCCAUCCUUUCUUGGACAAGUUUGUUGUGGUUUACAUCGAUGAUAUUGUGGUGUACAGCAAUUCCCUAGAGGAGCAUCUUGAGCACUUGCAGAAGGUCUUCCAAGUUCUGAGGGAGAACUAG